AAGGUCAAAGCUGUGGCGCUUGCGCGAGAGGCUGUUUUCAUCACCACAACAGCUUUCUCCAUGUCAAUUCCAGAAAGUUCCAGUGGAGACUGAAAAGAAAAAAGCGGCUGGAGUCCGGUUUAAGAACGGUUCCUAAAAUGCUGGCCACAGGAGCGGCAGUGAGCACGACCAUGGCACAGGUGGAUCGGGAGAAGAUUUAUCAGUGGAUCAACGAGCUGUCGAGCCCAGAGACGCGGGAGAACGCCUUACUCGAGCUCAGCAAGAAACGCGAGUCCGUCACUGACCUGGCCCCUAUGCUCUGGCACUCGUGUGGCACCAUCGCGGCACUCCUUCAGGAAAUCGUGAACAUCUACCCCUCAAUUAAUCCGGCGACGCUGACGGCUCAUCAGUCCAACAGAGUGUGUAACGCCCUGGCGCUGCUGCAGUGUGUGGCCUCACACGUGGAGACACGCUCGGCGUUCCUGGCGGCCCACAUCCCCCUGUUCUUGUACCCAUUUCUUCACACUGCCAGCAAAACCAGACCCUUUGAGUAUCUCCGCCUUACAAGCCUUGGAGUCAUUGGAGCGCUGGUAAAGACGGAUGAACAAGAAGUGAUUAACUUCCUGUUGACGACAGAGAUCAUUCCCCUGUGCCUGCGGAUCAUGGAGACAGGCAGCGAACUCUCAAAAACGGUUGCAACGUUCAUUUUGCAGAAGAUCCUGCUGGAUGACACGGGCCUGGCCUACAUCUGCCAGACCUACGAGCGAUUCUCUCACGUCGCCAUGAUCCUGGGAAAGAUGGUGCUGCAGCUGUCUAAAGAGCCAUCAGCUCGACUGUUGAAGCACGUUGUGCGCUGUUACCUACGGCUCUCCGAUAACUCCAGAGCGAGAGAAGCUCUUCGUCAGUGUUUACCAGACCAGCUGAAGGACACGACGUUUGCACAGGUGCUGAAGGAUGACACAACCACAAAGCGCUGGCUCGCUCAACUCGUCAAAAACCUGCAGGAAGGACAGGUCACAGACCCGCGUGGCAUCCCGCUACCCGCCCAAUAACGCGCGCACUUCAUUCAGAAACAAGGUCUCUCGCGGACAGGAAAUUUUUAUGAUGACACGCACUCACUUUUACACUCAGAGUGGACUGUUCUCAUGUGCAAGGUCACUUGCAUAAGAGUUAUUUUGCCAAUAUUUAAAAUGUUUAAUGUCUUAGAUUUUGGAAAUGUUUCAGUAAAUUCUGCUGGCUGUUUAUCAGAAACAAAAUGUACCCAUGUUUUUAUAUAUUGCCUGUGUAUGUGGAACACACUCACACUCGGACUGUUUGAAUGCUGUAAAAUAAAAUGGAAUCACUGUG